UUUUUUUUUGCUCGUGUACUAAAUUCAUUCAACCGCAUUUAAUUUCUUUAUAAUUUCUAUUUUUCCAAAGCAAAGUUAAACAGGAGCAAAAUGACGUCUAUUGGUACAGGUUACGACUUGUCAGUCAGCACUUACUCGCCCGAUGGGCGUGUUUUCCAGGUGGAGUAUGCAGAAAAGGCGGUGGAUAACAGCGGCACAGCCAUCGGGCUCCGUGUCAAAGGCGGCGUGGUUCUGGCAGUUGAGAAGAUUAAACACUCGCCCGGAAGACACAUUGGCGUGGCCUCUGCCGGGUGGAUGUCGGACACAAGACACUUGGUGAAGCGCACCCGCGACGAGGCCAGCCACUACCAUGGCACAUACAAGGCCAAUAUUCCAGCCAAGAUCAUUGCCGAGCGCAUGGGUAUGUAUAUCCAGGCGUACACUCUUUACUCGUCUGUCAGGCCCUUUGGCGUGAGCACUAUUUUGGCCACGGUGGAUGUUGACGGGCCGCAGCUCUAUAUGAUUGAGCCUUCGGGUCAGUACAUGGGUUACCGCGGGUGCGCUGCUGGAAAGGGUAAGCAGGCGGCCAAGACGGAGAUUGAGAAGCUCGAUCUGGAUAAUCUGUCUGUGCGCGAUGCCCUGAAAGAGGCAGCGCGCAUUAUUUAUGCCUCCAAUGGCCUGCACACCCAUGUUCCGCAGGACGUGUUUGACGAGGCUGUCGAGUACGCGGAGAAGGCAAACGAUGAUGAUGACGAUGACGAGGAGAUGGAGGACGACGAUCUCUGAACAACUGCACCAGUCGAAGAAGGGACGGUUUGCAAACAUUGGCCCAGAAAUAAGUUGAAUAGGUUUUUAAGGUUGUUACGUUAAUGUUGAGAAGCAUUACACAUUACACAUAUAUCAACCAUUGCUGGCGCAGUCGCAACAGAAAAUUCUUUAAUUGCUAGUCAACCAAUGAUAUUUUUUAGCUUUCAUAAACAAUAAAUAGCAAUUAUAUAUUUAAAAA